AUAAGAGAGAUGAAAAUGCGAUAAGAUAAGCAGAUAACUCAUUGUUGUCAGAGCACGUAGGCCGCUUAAAUGGAACAGCCGGCAUUCUCAGUGGCUAUAAAACCGGAGAAACCUCUCGUGCGGCAAGUAACCCAAAGAAAGAACAUUACUUGUUGGCUUUUAUAUUGGGGAGUUCUUUAGAAGAAAGCUCCAUGAGCUUCCGGCUUGUCUUCCAAGAACGAAGGUGUCAAGCAGCACUCCAUGUAAGCGUAACAAUGGCUCGACUACUGCCCAAAAAUGGCCAAUACCAGCUCCAACGUUGGCUCAUCCUCGGAGGUAGAGGUGGAGAUGGAAGAUCUUGCCCGGACAAGUCGUGUUACUUGUUCCAGGCGCCGUUUGCGGUCAAUGUGGCUGCUGCUCCUCCAGCCGGUCUGUUUUUCUCGGCGCAUCAUCGUAGCAUCUUAGUGGGUCAGUGGCCGGUUUUGCGAAACAAGUUGCCCGCCCGCCCAUUAAAUGCACUCUUAUUUUUUGGCAUUCCGCCAGCCAAUAUCCUUUUGGUUGCACAAGUAUAACCCGGCAGUUGACACACUAACCGAGUGAGCAGUUCCAGUUGCCUAACACCUGGGGAGGAACUUUCAUCGCCAGGAAUUUGGAAACUCAUUUUACGGAGCAGGGAAACCAUAAACAAAUUUUAUAAUCGUUUUUCGAAAUUU